AUGCUUCCUGUUCUCCUCCAUUCUCACAAGAAGUACAGGACUGCCACCGCCCACGUCCAUCCUCACGACAGAGAUGUUUCAGAUGCCCGUGUUCGUUUUGUCACGCCCGCGCCAAAGGUGGAUUUAUGGCCUAAUAAACUCCAACACGGCCAAAUCUAUAUUGCAUGGGCGAGGGAGUCGCACCUUCCCCCGGGUGGCAUUCCCGACUCAAACGAACAUCGCUACGGCGGAAUCGAAUCGGGACAGUCCUCGGACUCGACGGGAGCGUCUCUCUCCUCCCUCUGGUCCUUCAGCACAGUCACUGAGGAUAGGUACGACCACGCUCUCCACGGCGACCAGCACGAACUGACGCCCUACUUCCAGGACUACGAAAACGAGACCAACAUCACAGCCCAGCUAGGCUCCACGGCGUAUCUUAACUGCCGUGUCAACAGACUCCGCGAUAAGACGGUAUCAUGGAUGCGGAGGGAUGGAGACAACAUCAAGCUGCUCACGUGGGGUCUCCAUACCUAUAGUAAUGAUGCCAGAUAUUCCCUGAAUUUUGAACACCCAAACAACUGGAAGCUACAAAUUAAAUACACACAGAGGAGGGACCAAGGUAGCUACGAGUGCCAAGUGUCAACACACCCCCCUAAAGUCUUGUAUGUUCGACUCAACAUUGUGGCCCCCGUGGUGGAGAUCAUCGACGAGCGCGGGUCCAGCGUGCUCGAAAAGUUCUACAAGACGGGCAGCACCAUCGAACUCAAGUGCACCAUCAGCCAGAUGCCCCAAGCACAGACGUUCAUCCUGUGGCGCCACGGUGACCACAUGCUCAACUACGACACGUCCAGGGGCGGCAUCAGCGUGAAAACCGACAUGAGCAGUUCAGUCAUAGUGUCCACCCUGUUCAUCGCAAACGCUACUCCACGCGACUCUGGCAACUACACCUGUUCGUUGGGCGAUGUAGCCACGGGCAGUGUUCUCGUGCACGUGCUGAACGGUGAGCACCCGGAGGCCAUGCAGCAGGGCUCGGGGACGAAGGACCUCUUCUCCCUCUUCCACGUGGUCCUGCUCGCCAUCGCCACCACCAUAUUCAACACAAUCUACCCUAGCCACGGCAGAUGAUCUCUCGGAGGUGCAAGUCACUCCAGGAAUGCCCCAGCUGGCGUGUGAGGUCAGCUGAGGUCGGAUCGUACUUGGUGUGGGAGCAAGAGAUUAAAAAGGUAGUCACGUGAUAAUAUGAUAGAAGGGAUUACAUUGCUUGCUUUACCACCAGGAGCGCCAACCCUUGAAGAUCUGGCUCCAAGUGAAGUAUUUCAUUAAGUGUGUAAGGUAAUCGAACUCCAUAAUUUUAAGAGUACCAAAGGCGGUUUAUUUCGAGGUCAAACUUCAAUGUCCUUCAUGGAGAGACUCAGUAAUGUCUCUCUUACUGUCCCCUCCCCCCUUUCCCUCCCCCUGUCCAAAUCUCCCUGUGCUAGAAAUAUCAUAACCUUGAAUCCAUCUUAUCUAGUAUCCAAACAGAGAUUAAAACCAAGAAGAAAAGUGUACGGGAUCUAACUCAAAUUAUUAUUUUUUAAAUCCUAGAAAGUGAAACUAAAGCGUUCUUCCAGACCUUACUGCACGCAAGGAGGUAGCUGACCGUGGUUGAUCUCGCGUGCACAGGUCAGACCAAGCUGCGAGUGGGUGACGUCUUGUAAACAAAGUAAACAAAUCAGGCGGAGACGAAGUUGUAGGAAAGGAAAAAAAAGUCUGACAUAACAGGCGAAUAAAAAACAACUAAACUGAGAUUACUGAUAUUAUCUAUAUGCGUUGCUGAACACCGUGUAAGGAAAGCAGACGGGGGAAUUUAAGAGUAUUAUAUAUUAUUCAAAUGUGAAUUAUGGUGCCAGACGGGUCAAACGUUCAGUAUAUAUUAUAAUCAUUCUGGUGUACAGCUCAAAUUAAUAGUAAGUUGCCAUGAAUGAUGACAUGCUAGUUAAGUUUAAGCUUAGCUAGCAGACCCUAGUCAAGGUUAUAGAUUUAGGAAAUAAACUGCUAAUGGUUAUCAGACAAAGAAUCGGAAAAGAAAAUAUAAUGAAUGAUAUAGUAUUCACAUGAGGUGUACGUAUCGACAACAUCAGUAUUCGAACGAUUACUAAGAGCUAUAUUGCUAAAAUAUUGGAAGGCAGUGGUUUAAUAGCGAUUACACAACACAAGUGUGCGACCAUGUGGAACAGCGGCCAAGAUAGGCACUGUGUUUGUCCACAGUGUGGUUGGAAAACGGGACCAAAUACAAGAAAACAUCCAUGAAUCUUGCUUCGUCUAAUCCGUCACACGAAAAAAGAGACGGUACUUUUUAAUCAUGAGACAACAUGACUUGACAACACUGGUAAUUUGUCAGAGUUUAGAACAGUGGUUUGCAUAUGUAUGUGAUUAGUGGAAAGCUCUUGAAGAAAAAUAUAAUAAUGAAGUUCAAAACCCCCUCAGCUGUAAGGGUGAAAUGAAAGUAAUUAGCCGUCAGUGGUAAACAUCAUGGG